AUGUCCCAUACCAGGUUUCUGGUGUUUUUGAUGGCAUUACUUGCAGCCAAAGUGUGUGUGAUCCAUGGGCAGGAGAGGAUUAAGAUGUGUGGCAGAGAUCUGAUACGCUUGGUCAUCUCAUCCUGCGGCAACUCGCGACUCAGCAGAGGUCCCCCGGAGCAGCUUCAUGGAAAGUCCCACGAGGACCAAGGCAUCUCCACGGAAGAGCAGCGGGGGCGAGCUGCAGAAACGUCCGGUGGACCCUCACAGUCGGACGGGGAGAUGGAGCUCUCUCUGGCCUCUCACUGGGACCCACUGUCCAAUCCCAUGAGACACGCCGUCGAAAGAAUAUCUGACAUCUGCUGUGAGAAAGGAUGCAGCAUGAGAGAGCUGAUCCAGUUUUGCUAG